AUGCUGCGGCUGGUGGGCCUCGCAUGGCUAAGCCAGGCUGCCGACAUGAGCUCCUGGGACUACACGCGCCAGGACAGUUCUUGGGGGCAGCUCUGCGUCGGCCACUUUCAGAGCCCGAUCGACAUUGAGCCCAAACAUGCGGAGAAGGGCGACUUCGAGAUCCGCAUGCUCUACAGCCCCCUGCGGCUACAGGAUGUGGAAUCGGCGGGCGUGGACCCGGAUGGCGUGCCUCGGAUCCGCUUCAAAGCAGGGCGAUCCGUGGGGAAGGUGCAAAUCGGCCGCGGCUACGGGGACUUCGACGAGUACUCGCUCUCGGCGAUUGAGGUCCACGCCCCCAGCGAGCACACGCUGCGCAAGGCCAGCUGGGCCCUGGAGGUCCAGCUCUGGCACGACCCCAUGCCUGUGAGCCGCACGGACACGCUCCUUCAGCACACGCAGCAGGUGCUCGAGGCCUUGCAGGACUCGGACAGCCGCUUCGCAGCGCUGGAGCGAUCCCAGGCCACGCUUUCCAAGCAGCUCAACGGCGAGGCCACGCCCUGGGCGGCCAACUCCGCCGAGGGUUCCAGAGCAUCGCAGCAGGCCCAGGACUGGGUGGAUGCGGCGAAGGCAGACAUCUCUUCUGUCAGCACGCUGCUCCAGCAGGACAUGAAGGGGGUGACCCAGCAUGCCGACAAGCUGCAGGAGGAGGUCCAGAGCCUUGUCGCGGCUCAGAAGCGUCGCUUUGCAGGCUUUCGAGUGGCCCUUUCCCUCUUCGUGCUCCGCGCCUCUCCCGUGUUUCUGGGGGAGAUGAACGGCACGGCCACCUCGCUGGUGAGGUGGCUCUCGCAGGCUUUGGCCGCCAACAAGGACUCGGAUAGCGCCGCCUUGGAGCUCGAGGCGGUGAUCGGCAGCGGCAAGGACCUCUACAGCUACGAAGGCAGUGUCCCUCGGCCUCCCUGCACGCCCAAUGUGCGCUGGUUCGUGCUGGGUGAUCCGCAGCCUUCCGACAUCGAGCAGCUGUCUUUCCUCCUGAAGCAGACGCAGCUCGCAGGCCGUGUGCACGGCAACGCGCGCCAGGUGCAGCCCUUCGGUCCGUCCAGAAGGCUACACGUCGUCCAGACAGACUGGAAGGUCUUCGAAGCGCCGGUGAUCGUCGCAGCGGAGUCGAUGUCGCCGGGCAGGCAGAAGAUGAUCCUGAUCGAGAGAUACUGCAAGGUCUUCGUCCUUUGCUCGGUCUUUCUGAUUUGCACGCCGCUCUUCUUCCGCAUCUACAACAGCUGCGCGGACGCUGACGAGGAGGACACAACCUGGGACGCUUCGCCCUUGGUCCAUCAGCGGAGUCCGAGUUCUACAGACGUCGAUGCGGCCGCCCUCGGCAAUGCCUGCAGAGCUUGGCCCCGCGAGCAAAGCCCGCGGGCCCAUCACCUCCAAGCAGAAAAGAGCCAUGUCAACCUUUGCACUUUCUGCUUCAAAGUCGCUGCUCUGAACUUCGUCACGGAGACGAAUGCCCUGGAUGACCAACAGCCCCGCCUGAGUGAUGCUGCCUGCGGGCACGUGGCACAACCACCGGAUCCACCAGGUGCCAUCUACUUCAUGUACCCAGCGCUGGGCGACGUCAUCGUGGACUUCCCGCCCUCCCUGGAGAACGGUGGCAUUGCAGUGGACCUCUACGAGAUCUCCAUGAACCAAGCAGCCGCGGGCUGGACAGUGGUUGCGACCAACGCUGCUGGCGAUUUCUCGACUCUGGUGCAAGGCUGCACACAAGGUGCGGACCUGGUGUUCCGGAUCCGUGCGCGAAACGCCGUCGGAUGGGGCAAGUACGGCAGCGAGGUGAGCACAGUGUGUGCCACAGAGCCUGCCAAGAUGGCCACGCCCACGCGGGCCACGUCCACGCGAACGUCCAUCACCUUGGCGUGGGUGGCGCCUGAUAGCAUGGGAUCGGCCAUCACCGCCUACCGGCUCUACCAGGCGCUGGAUGGAGCCGCCUACAGCCUCAUCUACGAAGGCUUUACCUUGUCCUACGAAUCCACUGGGCUCAUGACCGGCUCCACGUACCACUUCCAGGUGACAGCGGUGAACAAUGCCGGAGAGAGCCCGCGGUCGGACACCGCCACGAUGUUGGCGGCUGGGCUCCCUGGUAAGCCGACGGCCGUGACCUUCACGCACGACUCCCGCACACAGACUGUAGUAAGCUGGACAGCACCGUCCGACGACGGUGGGUCUCCCAUCAUCCGCUACGAGGUUUGGUAUCGCGAUGGCCUGGAUGCGGGCCCGAUUGACAAGCUUGCAUGGAGUGGCACAGGCAGCAUCUCGUCGCGUUGUGCCUUCCCUCUCAAGGUUAUACUAGAGAAGGACGACGAAGCCGACGAAGCAGAAGUGACCACGGACGAUGAGAUCUUCUGGCAAAGCCGCGAUCCCGAAAGCCCUCCUGAAGCCGGCUAUCUUCCUUCAACUUGGGUCAUGGCGCCGGUGCCACUGGCACCAGUGUCGGUGCUUGUCUUGGAGGAUUUCCCGACCCCGAGCACCACGGCGGCGGGAAGCCCAAUGAGCACCAGGAUUCUGGGACUUCCGCACUCCGACAGCUCCCAGUGCUCCCAAGCCGAGGCCGAGGCCCCCUUCCCCCAAAGCCCGAACCCUGGGGACGCGCGGCAUCCCAACUGCAGGCCGGGCGUCCUUAGCCCUUUUGCUGCUGUGUUGUGGACUCCGGCUUCCGGCUUCUUCAGUCUUCCCUUCCUUUCCCUCAUUUCCCUGUUUGGGAGGCCGUGCAACAAGCAGGGGAAGUGCAAGCACUGGCAGCUCGGCGGCUGCAGGUACUGCCAUCAUCCGAGCCACCACGCCCUGAGCUGCAGCCGCGGCCAGCGGCGCCGCGACAGCGCUGCUCGACGGGCGCGGGAGCGGGAUGAGAUGUUCCAGAGGCUUGCGCAGGAAGCGACGAAUCUCAUCCGCAUGGAUUGGCAGCAGCAGGAUCGCGUGGAGGUCGUGCGCCGUCUUGGGGAGCAGGCCAUCAAGAUGAAGGGCCGCGUGAAGACGCAGCACUUCGAGGGCCGCAGCCCGGAGAAGUGGCUGAUCGGGCGUCUGGCGCACCUGACAGCCGAAGACGAUCGCUUGGCCAUGCUCCGAGCCUUGGUUGAGGCUCAGGAGACGCGAGCGCUGCGUGACUCGUGA